CGAUUUUAGCUUAACCUAACCUAAUCGCCGAUCAGUGUUUGCAGGACUGUUCACGUCUUCUCUCUUCCGGCAUCUUGCUCGCGUUGCGAGAGUUCCAGGUUCAGCUGUAGUAACAAGUUGACCAUCGAUUAAAUAUGCCACGUGAAAUCAAGGAGAUCAAGGAUUUCCUCCUGAAAGCCAGAAGGAAAGAUGCAAAAUCUGUGAAAAUUAAGAAGAACGCCGACAAUGUGAAAUUUAAGGUUCGCUGUUCCCGGUUCUUGUAUACGCUGGUAAUCACUGAUAAGGAAAAAGCUGAAAAGCUGAAGCAGUCCCUGCCACCAGGUUUGCAAGUUAAGGAGGUAAAGAGGAGCGAACGUGUUUGAAAUGAAUAAAUAAAUUUGUAUUCUUAAAUAAG